AUGGCCGGCUCUACAGCAGAGGAGAAAACCUUCCGACGGUUCCUGGAGCUCUUCCUCCGGGAGAUGAGGAUGCCUCUGCAGGAGAGCGACCCUCCACCGAUGCGUCCAUUGUCGGACCUGGUGACCGAGGACGAGGUGGAGGGGGAAUGCCUCGACCUGUGUCUGCAGCACCUCUAUAAAUAUAACUGUCCCUGCUCCCUGGCUGCAGCGCUGGCCCGAGCCACAGCAGACAGCCUCCUGCAGACGGACCUCACCAUCCACCACCUCAAUAAGGCCGUGGAAGAUGGAGCUGACCCGUUACCACAGAUGGAGUCCGUGAAGCUGGCCUGGCUGGUGUUUAACAGACUGUUUGAGAUGUGCUGCAUCUGGCUGAAGGAGCUUCCUUACCGCCGCCGUCCUCAGCCGUACUACGAAACCUCCAUCCACGCCAUCAAGAACAUGAGGCGCAAGAUGGAGGACAAGCACGUCAUCAUCCCCGACUUCAACACGCUCUUCAACAUUCAGGAUCAAGAGGAACAGGCUUACUUUGCUGUGUUUGACGGCCACGGCGGCGUGGACGCGGCCAUUUAUGCUGCCAACCACCUCCACGUCAACUUGGUCCAACAGGAAUGCUUCAACCAGGACCCCAUCGAGGCGCUCUGCAGAGCCUUCAAAGUCACCGACGAGCGCUUUGUGAAGAAGGCCUCACGAGAGCACCUGCGUUGCGGUACGACAGGUGUGGUGACGUUCCUGCGGGGUCGGACGUUGUACGUGGCCUGGCUGGGAGACUCCCAGGUCAUUCUGGUCAGAAAGGGAGAAGCGGUGGAGCUGAUGAAACCACACAAACCAGACAGAGAGGAUGAGAAGCAGAGGAUCGAGGCUCUGGGAGGCUGCGUGAUCUGGUUUGGCACAUGGAGGGUUAACGGCAGUCUGUCUGUGUCCAGAGCAAUAGGCGACUCGGAGCACAAGCCGUACAUCUGUGGUGAUGCAGACCACGAUAUCUUCCCAUUGGACGGUUCAGAAGACUACCUGAUCCUGGCCUGCGAUGGAUUCUGGGACACGGUGACUCCAGACGAGGCGGUGCACGUCGUCAGCGACCACCUGGAGGAGAACACCGGAGACACCACCAUGGUGGCCCACAAGCUGGUGGCCUCGGCACGUGACGCGGGCUCCAGUGACAACAUCACCGUCAUAGUGGUCUUCCUGCGGGACCCACGCUCGCCGCCACCCACCGGUGCUGAGGAUGAGGAGGAGGGCGCGGCGGAUGAGGAGGCAGGCGAUGAGGAGGUCACGGAGGUGGAGGAGGAGGAACCGGAAGAGGAUGAUGAAGACGAGGCGGGCAGGACGAAGCGCAACGGCGGCGAGGGGGGCAGCACUGCGGACAACGGGGGAAGCCGCGGCGGAUGGCCCCUGCAGCAGUGCUCUGCCCCCGCUGACCUCGGCUACGAAGACCGGACGGACUCGUUCACGGACAGAACUAGCCUCGACCUGAUGGUGCCGUCGCUGGAGGGCCGCAUCUCCCUGAUCUCACGGCAACCCUGCUCCGAUUUCGUCGCAGCAUCCCGCAUCUAUCGAGAAGAUCGCCCCAUGCGGCGAAGGUCAUGUAUCCCCUUUCAGGAGCCCGGCGUCUCUAGCUUCACGGACCCGCUGUGGCCCCAGACGGCCACGCUGUUGGGCCAGGCAGUGAGGCAAAGCCAGAGGCCCGGUUACGGUGGUCGCCGACGGGUUCGGAGGAGGCCAGGCGCAUCCAAGCAGCUGCUAGGCCUGCUACCGUCCGGCCACCUGCUGCCGCACACGGAGCGCCACUCCAACCAGAGGCCCGGGGUGGCGACGCCUCACCUGCCCCACGGUACCACCAUCUGA